AUGGAUAAGGAUUGGGUUUGGUUGCCAAGGGCUAGCCUUGAGUAUCAGGAAGGAGCCAACAAAUUUGUUUCUGAAUCAGCAAAGAAAUUGGGUAAUAUUGUGCAUUUGUUCUGUCCAUGCGUCGAUUGCCGCAACGUCUGUCAUCAACCAGUUGGGACUGUUGUGGAUCAUCUGGUGAUAAAGGGAAUGGACCAGAAGUAUAAGCGAAGUAACUGUUGGUCUAAGCAUGGGGAAAUUAGGCCAGAUAAGCUGAGUGACGUCCAGACAUCUGACUGUGAAGCUUUCGAAUUGAUUAAGACAGCUUUUCCAGUGGCUGAAACCAGUGAACAGUCUCAUGGUCAGAAUGGAAAUCCGACUGAAUUCGAUGGUAAUGGAGAGGAAGCCAAGUUCAGGGAGAGGUUAGAGGAUGCUGAAACUCCACUAUACUCGACGUGUCUCAAGUACACGAAGGUGUCUGCACUCAUGGGACUGUAUCGCAUCAAGGUUAAGAGUGGUAUGUCUGAGAACUAUUUCGAUCAGCUAUUGAUGCUAGUUCAUGACAUGCUACCGCAGGACAAUGUCCUUCCUAAGUCCACAGAUGAACUGAAGAAGUUCCUGAAAGUCUUUGGUUUUGGUUACGAUAUCAUCCACGCCUGCAGAAAUGAUUGUAUCAUUUACCGGAAUCAGUAUGAAGAUAUGGUCAGCUGUUCAAGGUGUAAUGAUUCUAGAUGGGAAAGGGAUAAGCACACUGGUGAAGAUAAGAAAGGGAUUCCAGCAAAGGUGUUGAGGUAUUUUCCUGUCAAGGAUAGAUUCAGGAGGAUGUUCAGAUCAAAAUGCUUGGCUGAGGAUUUGCGUUGGCAUUUCACCAAUGCCAAUGCCGAUGGUACAAUGCGACAUCCAGUUGAUUCUUUGACUUGGGUGCAGGCGAAUGAUAAGUGGCCACAGUUUGCAGCUGAAGCUAGAAACCUUAGACUAGGCCUUUCAACUGAUGGUAUGAAUCCGUUCUCCAUUCUAAGCACAACCCACAGUACUUGGCCGGUUUUACUAGUAAACUACAAUAUGGCUCCAACCGAGUGCAUGAAGGCAGAGAACAUCAUGCUCACUAUGUUAAUCCAUGGACCAUCUGCACCAAGCAAUAACAUUGAUGUAUAUCUGCAACCACUGAUAGAUGAUCUGAAGGAUCUGUGGAAUGAAGGUAUUGAGGUUUAUGAUGCGUUUUUGAAGGAGAAAUUUACACUUAGGGCUAUGCUGUUGUGGACCAUCACUGACUACCCAGCUUUGGGGACACUGGCUGGAUGCAAAGUCAAGGGAAAACAGGCAUGUAAUGUCUGCGUUAAAGAUACACCUCAUAGGUGGCUCAAGUUCAGUAGAAAGCAUGUUUAUAUGAGAAACAGGAAACGACUUAGUCCUGCUCAUCCAUUUAGACGGAAAAAGGAUAUGCCGGUUCGUCAUAAUAUUGAUGUCAUGCAUGUUGAGAAGAAUGUCUCUAACGCGUUGCUAUCUCUCCUAAUGCAUAAUGGCAAAUCCAAGGACGGAUUGAAAGCAAGAAAAGAUCUAGAAGACAUGGGGAUUAGAAGCAAUUUACACUCUCAGGUACGCGGGAAAAGAACUUAUUUGCCUCCAGCCGCAUAUUGGCUUUCAAAGGAUGAGAAGCGUAGAUUUUGUAAGAGAUUGUCUAGAUUUAGAGGUCCUGAUGGUUAUUGUGCCAAUAUUGCCAACUGUGUAACAUUGGAUCCUCCUGCCAUUGGUAACAUGAAGUCCCACGAUCACCAUGUGCUUAUUCAAAACCUAUUUCCUGCGGCGUUGAGAGGAUUACUUCCUAAAGGACCUAGGAUUGCUGUGAGCCGACUAUGCAACUACUUUAGUAGAUUAUGUCAACGUGUCAUAGAUCCAGAGAAGUUGGAAAUAUUAGAGUCUGAGGUCGUAGAAACCUUAUGUCUUCUAGAAAGAUUAUUUCCCCCAUCACUGUUUGACAUCAUGUUUCACCUGCCUAUACAUCUAGCAAGAGAAGCACGAUUAGGUGGACUCGUACACUUUCGUUGGAUGUACCCAUUUGAAAGGUAUGUGAAAACACUCAAGGAUUACGUGAAAAACUUUGCAAGGCCAGAAGCAUGUAUGGCGGAAGGAUACCUAGCUGGAGAAUGUUUGGCCUUCUGUUUAGAGUUCUUCAAGAACUCAAUACCGAUGCAAGAUUCAGUCAAUCGGAAUGAAGAUAUUGAAUCCGAUCAUCUUGUACUUGAAGGUCGUCCUCUACAGAAAGCUACUGAGGUCACACUCACAGAAAAAGAGCGAGACAUAACCCACCGUUAUGUUCUAAUGAACACGGCAGUAAUGGAUCCUUACAUUGAGGAACAUUUGGAAGAACUACAGAGUAAAGAUGCUAAACUCACAAAAAACGAAACACUUUUAUGGAAAAACCACAAUCAAAAGUUUUCAAAGUGGAUAAGAGAAAAGAUUCCAACUAACUCAGCAGAUCACUCCACUAGGCUUCGAUGGCUAGCAUAUGGACCACGCCAUAUUGCACAGACGUACAAGGGAUAUAUUGUCAAUGGAAAUCGAUUCCAUAUAGACGACGUAAAGCGGAAAACUCAAAAUAGUGGAGUCACAUAUGAAGCAUUCUCGAUGUGUAGGUCUAGUGCUCGAGAUUCUAGAGACAUGGCAGACAUAGUUCUGUUCUACGGUGUGGUGAAGGAGAUCAUCUUGUUGGAUUACCAUAUGUUCCAAGUUCCACUAUUUAAGUGUGUUUGGGCCAACAAAGGGAAUGGAGUGAAAGAGGAAGAUAGCUUUACACUAGUGAACCUCCAUAUGAACCAGUCCGCCUUUCUCCAAGACCCGUAUAUCUUACCAUCUCAAGCGAAACAAGUUUUCUACUCCCGCGAAGAUGAUAUAUCUCCUUGGUAUGUAGUUAUGAGGGCGCCUCCUAGAGGGUACCAUGAGCUGGAGAUAGAAGAGGAAUUCCUAUCUGCAAAUGCGACAGUUCAAGAAUAUGAAGAUUUGACAAACCACAGUGAUGAUGACGAGAGUUUCUGUGUUAGGGAUGACUGUGAAGGAGUACUUGUAAUGGAUUAG